AUGGAUUUCUCCGAUGAUGAUUCUGUUUUCAAUUUGGAUGAAUCAGAUGGCUAUUCACCCGUAGCGAAGCCAAAGGCCAAGCCUGCCGUCAAGAAAUCGGCCCCGAAGAAGUUGACCCAGACCACCCUCAAGACCGCCUCGGCGCCAAAGAAGCGCGCAAAACCCGAGAGCGACGACGACGACGACGACGACGUGUCCGGCUUCUCCAACACUCCACCUAACUCCAAGAAGCAGAAGAAGGCGCCCGUCCCCAAGAAGUCGGCAGGGAAACCCCUCGGCGAGAUUGAGAAUGACAGCAUGGCACUAGACGACGAGUCUAUGGCCCCGGCCCCGGCGGCCAAGGGCACAUCCAAGGCCAAAACAAUUGAAGAAACGUAUCAGAAGCUCACACAGUUGGAGCACAUCCUCAAGCGUCCUGACACCUACAUUGGCUCCGUCGAACCCACCGACCAGCAGAUGUGGGUGUUCAACAAAGAGACCAAGCUUAUGGAAUAUCGCAAGGUCACCGUCGUCCCGGGUCUCUACAAGAUCUUUGACGAAAUCCUUGUCAACGCUGCCGACAGUAAACAGCGCCGCGAGGAAAAUAGCGAGGAGCCUAUGACCUUCAUGAAGGUCAACAUCGACCGCGCUUCGGGCGAGAUCAGCGUAGAAAACAACGGCAAGGGUAUUCCCAUUCAGAUUCACCGCGAGCACGGCGUCUACGUUCCCGAGAUGAUCUUCGGUCAGCUCUUGACCGGCGAGAACUACAACGAUGACCAGAAGAAGACGGUCGGCGGUCGUAACGGUUUCGGUGCCAAGCUGUGCAACAUCUUCAGCACCGAGUUCACCGUCGAGUGCCAGGAGUCGGCUUCGGGCAAGAGGUACAAACAGACCUGGUCCGACAACAUGAGCAAGAAGUCGAAGCCCAAGGUCACCACCAGCAAGACCAACGACUUCGUCCGCAUCACUUUCAAGCCCGACUUCGACAAGUUCGGCAUGACCGGGAUCGACGACGACCUCGAAUCCCUUCUGUACCGCCGCGUCUACGACAUGGCCGGCACCAUCAAGAACAUCAAAGUCUACCUCAACGGGACCGUCGUGAAACCGUCUUCUUUCAAGGGCUACAGCGAGAUGUACGCCAAGGCCAUCGCGAAAGAACGCGCUGCCGAGGAGGGCGUUGAGCCCAAGGUGACUGUGGAGAUGGAGAAGACCGACAACCGGAGGUGGGAGGUGGGAUUCACCGUCUCCGACGGCUCUUUCCAGCAUGUCUCGUUCGUCAACAACAUCGCCACCACCUCUGGUGGGACUCACGUCAAUUACAUCGCCGACCAGAUCGUCAGCUACCUGCUCAAGCACCUAGACAAGAAGAAGAAGGGCCACUCCCUCAAGCCGAACCACAUCCGAAACCACAUCUUCGUCUUCAUCAACUGUCGGAUCGAGAACCCGGCCUUCAACUCCCAGACGAAGGAGCAGAUGACCACCAAGAUCAGCGCAUUUGGCAGCAAAUGCAGCCUGAGCGACGCCUUCCUGAAGAAGGUCGUCGCCUCGGAGGCCAUCCAGAACAUCAUGGAGUUUGCCGAGAAGAAGGCGGACAAGAUGCUGGCCAAGAGUGACGGAGGCAGGCGGUCCCGCAUCAACAACGCCAAGCUUGUCGACGCCAACUUGGCGGGUACCAAGCGCGGCCACGAGUGCACCCUGAUCUUGACCGAGGGUGACUCGGCCAAGAGCUUGGCCGUCGCCGGCCGUGCCAUCCUCGACCCGGAUCGCAUCGGCGUCUUUCCGCUCCGCGGUAAGAUGCUCAACGUGCGCGAUGCCUCCAUCGACCAGGUCACCAAAAACCAGGAGGUCCAGAACAUCAAACAGUUCCUGGGCCUGAAGCACAAACAGGUCUACACCGACACCAAGAGCUUGCGGUACGGCCACUUGAUGAUCAUGACUGAUCAGGAUCACGAUGGUAGCCAUAUCAAAGGUCUCCUCAUCAAUUUCCUUCAGGUCCAGUUCCCCUCGCUUUUGCAGAUCCCCGACUUCCUCCAGGAGUUCAUCACCCCCAUCGUCAAGAUCUGGCAGGGCAAGAAUCCCAAGCAGCCGACCAAACAGAAGUCCUUCUUCACCCAGCCCGAGUACGAGGCCUGGAAGGAGGCCCACCAGGCGGAGGUUUCCCGCUGGGAAUACAAGUACUACAAGGGUCUGGGCACCAGCUCGAACGAAGAUGCCCAGGUCUACUUUAACCAGCUCGACGACCAUCUCAAGGAGUUCGAUGUCAUGAGGCCUGAGGAGGCCGAGCUCUUCGAACUAGCCUUCUCCAAGAAGAAGGCGGACGCGCGUAAGGAGUGGCUCGGAAACUUUGUGCCCGGAACCUAUCUUGACCAUUCCACCAAGUCGAUCACGUACAACGACUUUGUGAAUAGGGAACUCAUUCUCUUCAGCAUGGCCGACAACAUGCGGUCCAUUCCGUCUGUGCUCGACGGCAUGAAGCCCGGCCAGCGAAAGGUCAUGUAUGCCUGCUUCAAGAGGAAUCUCGUCAAAGACCAGAAGGUGGCCGAGCUGUCUGGUUACGUCUCUGAGCAGACGUCGUACCACCACGGCGAAGUAUCUCUGCAACAGACCAUCAUCGGUCUUGCGCAGAAUUUCGUCGGCUCUAAUAACGUCAACUGCCUGGAGCCCAGUGGAAACUUCGGUUCUCGACUUGCCGGUGGCUCGGACGCCGCCAGUCCUCGUUACAUUCAUACGCGCCUGUCUCCCUUUGCGAGAAAGAUUUUUCCCGUCUUGGACGAGCCCAACCUCGAUCAUCAGGAAGAGGACGGGAAGAGGAUUGAGCCGAAGGUGUACGCUCCCGUUAUCCCCAUGGUCCUGUGCAAUGGCGCAGACGGCAUCGGUACCGGGUGGAGCACGUCGAUCCCCAACUACCACCCCAUGGACAUCGUCAAGAACCUGAAGAGGCGUAUGGGCCGCCUGGACCCCGACGACCCGGAGGAGAAGCCUUUCGAAAGCAUGACACCCUGGUUCCGCGGAUGGAAGGGCACUCCCGAGAUUGCCGAGAAGGACAGGUACAAAUUUAACGGCAUGUACGAGAUCGACGAGAAGACGGGCGAGAUUAUCAUCACCGAACUGCCCAUUCGCAUGUGGACGGACGACUUCAAGGCCAAGCUGGAAGAUGUCAUCAGCGGUGCCAAGGGUCCGGCAUGGAUCAAGGACUACAAGGAGUUCAACGACCACAAGAAUGUUCGCUUUGAGAUUCAGCUGGAUGACAAGUACAUGAAGGAUGUCAAAGCCGACGGUAUUAUGGAGAGGUUCAAGCUGAACAAGCAGGUCGCCACCUCCAACCUGGUUGCGUUCGACACCCACGGCCGCAUCCGCAAAUACGAGAAGGUCGAGGACAUCCUCGAGGAGUACUACGUUUACCGGAUGGCGAUGUACACCAAGAGGAAGCAACACUGGCUGCAGGUCUACCAUGCCGACUACCGCAAACUCAAGAACCAGGCCCGCUUCAUCAAGGAGGUCAAUGAUGGCGUUCUGGUCAUUGCGAGGAAGCGGAAGGCGAUCCUCGUCCAGGAGCUUCGCGAGCGUAAAUACGAGGCCUUCCCGCGCGUUGCCGGUAAGAAGAAGAGCACCGACGACGAGAUGGAUAACUCCGCGGACGAAGAGGAAGAGGAUGGCCUGGCAGGCAGCGCGUCCGACUACGAUUAUCUUCUCUCGAUGCCCAUCUGGGCCUUGACCCUAGAGCGACUCGAGAGGUUGCACAAGAUGAUUGAGAAGAAGAAGGCGGAGCAUGAUGAACUCCUGGCACUGAGCGAGAAGGACCUCUGGGCCCACGACCUGGAUGAGUUCAUUGCUGAGUGGGAGAACCAACUUGCCCAAGAUAGCCAAAUCCAGAGCAAGAUCCGAAGAAUGGGCCGCCGCGCGAGCAAGAAGAUUGGUGCCGGAAAAGGCAGUAGCCGAGCCAAGGGCGAUGGCGACUACCAGCCCGAACGAAAGAGAGCCGCACCCAAGGCGAAGCCCAAGGCGCCCGAAAAGACGCAACAGAGAUUCGCCGAGAUGUUCAGCGCGAAACCCAAGAUCGAGCCGAGCCCUGACUCGGCAGCCUUCUCGGAUGACGACUUUGCCGCCUUGAGCAAGAAGGGUAGUGCUACGAAUGCUACCACAACAGCCAAGGGCAAGGCGAAAGCCGAAGAGAAAGCUCCGAAGAAGCCGGAAACCAAGACGGUGAAAUCGGACGAUGACUUCAGCGACGAUGACUUUGCUAUUCUUGCCAAGAGCACUGUAGCGAAGCCCUCUACCGCAGCAGCCGGGUCCUCGGCCACCGGACGUAGGCAACGAGCGGCGGCUACCAAGAAGCGGUCGUACAUCGUUGAGGAGUCGGAGUCGGGGUCGGGGUCGGAGUCGGAAGACAAUAGCCUGCUCGGGGACGUCGGCGAUAUGGUCAAGGGGAUCAAGGGAUCCAGCGGGGAUGCCAAGGACGCUCAGAACGGCAGCAGGCUGAGCCUGUUUGCCAUGAACAGGCCCGAAUCCAGCCACGGUGGCCGGGAGUCCUCUCUGCCCAAGUUGAAGAGCAAGGCCUCCAAGAACGCGCUCGACGAUGACAGCGUCGAUGACACGAACUACGAGAUGCUGGCGCGGUCCUCCCCGCAAAAGUCCCCGAAUAAGGGCGACGACGACGUCGAUGCUUUCCUGAGCGAUGACGAAGCGCCGUUCCCCAAGCCUUCUGCCGCCGCCGCUACCGCCAAGACGUCGUCCCGUCAAGCUUCCGGUUCAGCAGCAGCAGCAACAGCAGCGGCGGCGCCUUCCACCUCCGGACCUGCGAUCAAGAAGCCUCGAGGCCGUCCCGCCGGCUCGAAGAACAACCCAAGGGAAGAUUCCGCUGCCGCUGCGGCUUCUGCUCCCAAGGCCAAGGCCAAGGCGGCGAAGCCCGUGUCGAAGCCUGUGGUGGCCAAGAAGCCAUUGGCGCUGUCUCCUGCCGCCAAAGCGUACGCGGCGAAGAAGGCGUCCAAGAAGGUCUUCAGCGACGACGACGACGAUGAUGACGACGACUUGAUGAACAUGGAUGAGCCUUCGUCCCCGCCGCCCCGGCCCGCGGGCCGAUCGCGUCCCGGCCGUGCUGCCGCGGCCAAGGCGAAGCCCAUCAUCAUCGAUGAUGACGAUAAUAGCUCCGUGGCCAUCGGACACCAGAGCGAUGAGUUUGAGUUCAGCGAUGAUUGAAGAAUUGCGGCGCUACCUCUCUCUUUUUUUCUUUUUUUUUUUUCUUGCUCUUUUCUUUUUUUCUUCAGCUUUCCUCGACGAUGGCUGUGCUUGCUUGUCGUCUUACUUGGGGACCAUACCGUGUACAUAAGGGGUGAAGGUAGCAAAAGGAAUGGUCAGAAGUGUUUGGCCGAGAGGAUGACGAUAACAUGAUAUCUUGCGAAGGGAGGUAGUGGUCCCCUCGAUGUCGGUCGGACUGUCUGGCAAUGCCUUCAGCCUCGUAUAUCUUUGUUUUCUUCUGGAGUCCAGUUAGGUUCGACUUGAUAAACCCGGUAG